CGGCGGCGGUUGACUUCACAAACGCGACCGCAGUUUGGGCAAAAGUGUAGUAGUACUCCGUGUGAUUUUUUUCCCCCUUGUCUUUUUUUUUUCUUUUAUUUCUGUGAUUGUGGUAGUUCUUCCUUGCAUCUAUUUUUCCAGGCUUGUAUCGGACUGUUGCAGGAUGCCGAAAGUGAAGAGUAAAAAGGGGAGAAAUACUUUUCGUUAUAAUGUUGAUAGGAAAAAGUUGAAACGGCGGAGUAAGAGAAAAGCUGCUCCACGAAUCGAAUGUUCCCAUAUCAGACGAGCUUGGGAUGACAAGAAAACAGUAGCUCAGAACCUGGCAGAGAUGGGACUUGCAGUAGACCCAAACAAGGUCACUGGCAUUCAAGAACAGAAGGCAUCUGAGAUGGAGGUUGAUCGAACAGAGGCAGCAAACAAAUUCAUCAGGAAGCCUUAUGUUAUACGUGAACUAGAGGCAGCAGCCUCCCUUCCAGAGAAGAAGACGACUACAUUGUCUGAAGACAUGAUUCAGUAUGUCCGUUACAUGAUCGAGAACUAUGGUGAGAACUACAAGAAAAUGGCUCGAGAUGAGAAGAAUUACUAUCAAGAUACUCCAAAACAGAUCAGGAGGAAGAUUGAGUUAUACAAACGAUACCAUCCAGACGAGUACAAAGAGUUAUUGCAGUCCAUGAAGGACGUAAAAAUGGAUGUUCGGUGAUCUGGUGUUUCGAAUGAAUGUAGUAUAUAACAAAUUUGACUCUUAAUAUGAAGAUGUUUAUUCUUCACAUUAUGAAUGUGCUGGAUGUCUGUAGUACUCUGACUGGUCCUGUCAAGUGUGACUGUGAAUCUUAUUUUCCUUGGAUUACAAUAUGCCAGCCACACACAAUCUCUUGCUGUGGUGGAAUGUGUCAGUUCUCAGACCAUUUUUGUCAUUUGUUAACUUGUGGCAGGACUAUCUGUAUGUAAGUGCAUUAACAAGCAAGAGGCAACAAAGCUUUUGGAUUCUGUUUUAUUUUUCUUGUCACAUAUUUUUGUCCACCACAUUGGGAUCCCCAAUAUAUUCUUCUGAGUGUGCAUUUUUCUCUCAAUCCUUCUUCCAAAACUGUGAUCCCAGGACUACAGAUAAGUGCUAUUCCAAGGAUUUUCUUGACUGAAAAAAAAAAAAACAAAAAAAAUUGCUGACCUCAAGCUAGUUACAUAAUAAGUUAUGUAACAAGUCAUGUUGCGUAGCAUUCUGUUUGAGGUUGUCAGCUUGUUUGCUUAAGUAGGUGCAGCAUUUUAAAUUAGUUCAGUAGUUUUGCUCUUUGGCUUUCAUCUGCCAAGAUUUGCGCAUAUAACUGCCACAUGUGUUUUCAUUUUCAGAGAAUAUACAUUUCAAGAAAUAAACAGCUAUCCUGUCAUGUACAUAGAGACUGUGCAACAAAGAUAGUCCUCCAGAAAAUGUUAGAUGUAUAGCAUUCCCUAGAUAAUUAAAAUAUUGCCUUUAAAUUAA